ACCAGCUGCAAACGGAGAAACGGCGAAGUACUGCAGUGAACGGAGCCGAGGAGCGCCCGAACCGCUCGUUACAUUUCACACCAGGACCUGCUUGAUGGAUCCACUCCAGUGUGGCAACUGAAUGUUGAAGACAGGACUUUGUAUCUUCCGGUGGAAUCUGUGAAAUCAUUUGGAGGAUGAUCACCUGUUGUGGGCUCAACUUCAGAUGGUUCUUGGAAACAUCACUGGACAUGGAGUGAGGGGAGACACAGACAAAUAAGAGUGGAAGAAAGAGAUGUCCAGUAGCCCAGAGGAGACCUCCGCCCCUCAGCUGUUGGUGGAUUUGUUAUCUCAGCGACAUGCUUUCAGUUUGAGGAUGAAAUCUGUUUGUAAAAAGAGGGGAUUACCAGGAGGUCGAGAGAAGCCAUGUUUUUUUUAAAUGAGGAACAAUCCAGCACAUUCUGAAGAAGAAAAGAAAACAAGAAAAGCAAAUACUACAAUGACAGGUGAAUUCGAAGACUGACACAAAGAGCAGCUCCAUUCAUGGCCGACAGAGGAAUUGCGGCCUCAUGUGCAGUUCAUGGUACAUAUACAGAGGUUACCCGUCUUGUGGAUUUCUUGCUUUUAUCUCCACCACAAACAAUGAAAGUGGACUCGGUUGCUUCUAAUGUUGAGCUUUAAGAACAAUUCCAGCAUGUCUUCAGGGCUAUCUAGUGGUGGUCUUGAUGAUGAUAAAGUCAUCAGACUGAGCCACUGUGGAGAAAUGUCUAACAUUAGGAUCCAAGCACCUGUUGGAAGAGGAUUUAUGAAAGACUGGUUUUCAAAAACUACAACAAUCUGCUGCAGACAACGAGUUCCCAUCUGUUUUUCUGCCCUCUUCAUCCCUAUCAUCCUACUCCUCUUGUCUGUGGUCAAACCCGCUCUGUCCAUUCAUAUGGAGUCCUUAGAGAGCCACAGUGAGUUUAGCUGUGAGCCCAUCAGACUGAGAAUGUGCCACGAUCUGCCUUACAACACCACCUUUAUGCCCAAUCUACUGAAUCACUAUGACCAGCAGACAGCUGCACUGGCCAUGGAGCCUUUUCAUCCCAUGGUGAACCUAGUUUGCAGCGCUGACCUGAGGAUGUUCCUGUGUGCUCUGUACGCUCCGGUGUGCACUGUGUACGGCCAGGUGUCCAUGCCAUGUCGAUCCCUCUGCCAGCAGGCCAAGGACGAGUGCCACAAACUCAUGGAGGUAUUUGGAUUAACUUGGCCAGAUGACAUGGAAUGUAGCAGGUUCCCAGACUGUGAUGAGCCCUAUCCUCGUCCAGAGGACCUGCUAACAGGCACGGAUCCUACUGACCAGUCGCCCAUGACUGUCCAGAGAGAUUACGGUUUCUGGUGCCCCAGAGAGCUCAAGGUCGAUCCAGACCUGGGCUACACAUUCAUGGGCAAAAAGGACUGUUCUGCUCCGUGUCCCUCAAUGUUUUUCAACAAGCAGGAGCUGACUUUUAUCCGCUACUUCAUAGGAGUUGUUUCCGUCGUCUGUCUGUCUGCAACGCUCUUCACCUUCCUGACGUUUCUCAUCGAUGUUACCAGGUUUCGUUACCCUGAGCGGCCAAUAAUCUUCUACGCCGUGUGUUACGUCAUGGUGUCACUGGUUUUCUUUCUGGGGUUCCUGUUGGAAGACAGGGUAGCGUGCAAUGCAGUCAGCCCGUCCCAGUUCAGAGCUUCAACCAUAACACAGGGCUCACACAACAAGGUAUGCACCCUGUUCUUCAUGGUCUUAUAUUUCUUCACCAUGGCCGGCAGCGUAUGGUGGGUCAUACUGACAAUCACUUGGUUCCUGGCCGCUGUGCCUAAAUGGGGCAGCGAGGCCAUUGAGAAGAAAGCCCUCCUCUUCCAUGCUGUUGCCUGGGGGGUCCCAGGGGCCCUGACUGUCACCCUGUUGGCCUUGAACAAAAUUGAAGGAGAUGGGAUCAGUGGAGUGUGUUUCAUAGGGCUGUAUGACAUAGACGCCCUGAGGUGGUUUGUUCUGGCACCGCUCUGCCUCAACGUGGCGGUGGGUGUGUCUCUCCUGUUGGUGGGGAUUGUGGCUCUGAAUCGGGUGCGCAUGGAGAUCCCUCUGGAGAAGGAGAACCAGACCAAAUUAGUCAAGUUCAUGAUCCGAAUGGCAGUGUUCUCUGUGCUCUACCUGGUUCCCCUGUUGACUGUGAUUGGGUGCUACCUGUACGAACACACCUACCGGAACAUAUGGGAGACAACAUGGAUGGAGGAGAACUGCAAGCUCUAUCACAUCCCCUGCCCAUACAAGGUGGAGCAGACCAGCCGACCAGCCGUGGUUUUGUUCCUAAUUAAAUAUCUGAUGAUGUUGGUGGUGGGGAUCCCCUCUGUGUUCUGGGUGGGCAGCAAGAAGACCUGUUUUGAAUGGGCCAGCUUCCUGCAUGGACGCAGACGCAAAGAUAGUGGGGUGAACGAGUCUCGCCAGGUGCUGCAGGAGCAGCCAGAUUUUGCCCAAUCCCUGCUGCGUGAACCCAACACCCCCAUCGUUAGGAAGUCCAGAGGAACAUCCACCCAGGGCACAUCUACCCACGCCUCUUCCACCCACUUGGCCGUCAUAGACGACCUUGAUGAACCAAUCAGAACCCACCACGCCGACCCCACGUCCACCAGGAGUAAGGCCAGCAGUGUCCACAGCAAGGCCAGCUACCACGGCAGCCUGCGCCGCAUUCGUGACGACAGGAGUGAUUCUAUGGCCUAUCGAGGGACGGCGGAACGCAGCUUCCAUGGCAGCAUGCCACGUCUCGACCACCCGCUCUCCACUCACAGCAGCCUCCAUCAGUUAGACGGCUCAAGGCACGGCAGCCAGCGAAACAUAGCUGAGGCCCCAACAACCCUCAUCACCCACGGAACAACAGGAUGUGACGGCCAAGCUGCUGAGAACGAAGGCACCAGUGCCUGAGGAGAUGUUGUCGACGCCUUUUUAAAGGAAGAUGUGCCCUCUGCUGAUACACACCCGUCUGUUUAGUGUCAACGUGUUUUCUUCUAUGAAGGUGGAGAAUGUACCAGUGAGUCCUGUGGUGGUGAUUGUGGGCGUUAUUUCCUUAAUGAUCAUUUGUUAGCAGUGUGGCUAACACAUUUCAGUCGGUGAACUCUCAGAUUCAGUUAAUAGGUUCACUGAAAAGCUGAAAGUUUGUUUGCGAUUUUUUUUAUUUACACGGCAAAUGACUCCUGAAUGCUCGACUCAAACAGGCUGAGCCAACAAGAAUCUCCUCAGACAUUAUUCAGGUAUCAAUCAUUCCGGUUGUGACUGGAUUGAGCUAGCCCUGGACAGGAAACACUGAACAACUAGGAAGAAGAAGUCAUCAUACUUCAUGGACAAGAACACUUAUGUUGGUGUUAUUUCCAAAAUCAUGAUCUUUCACCGUCUUGCAGGACUUAGAUGAAUAUCAUUAAAUGUGUGAACACUGCCGAGUAUUGCUUUUGUAACAAUCUUAACUGAGUUGCCCAAUCUCUUGGUAAAGUCUCACAUAAAAGUUGACUUAGAGUCUCAGUCUUGACUUGAUUAUUCCCAAUUUCUGUUUGCUCUCGACUGCAGCUCUUAACAAUGUUUAUCUUUGUGUGGCGUCAAAGACCGAUACAUAUGGGCUUAAUGUGAAAUCGUGGACCUCUCUGUGGUUUAGUGAAUAUUUUUAUACUGUGAAAAUUGUCUGUCUGCUGCUGAAAGCUUCAUUAAGUGAGUGUGUGUGUGAGAGAGAAUUAGUGAAAAACGGAGACACAAGUGGUAAUAUAUGUUUGAAACUUCAAUUCUCCCCUCCAGUGGUGAACAGAGACAGUAUGAUGGAGGGAGCGGAGUUAUUUGUAUAACACAGAAUGUAAAGGUGUUGUUUCAGACGCUGACAUUAAACGGACAUGAUUGGGUGAAAUGAGCUGGAAUAAUGUGUGUGUGCACUUAGACACACACUUAAUUAUUUCAGCUCAAACUGCUUUUUGGCCUCCCAAAAACAUGAAAGCAUUGCCCUUUCUGCAUAGAGGCGUUGGCUUUACAGAUGGAGAAGGCAGCUUCGGACAAAAGCAAGAUGACAAUUUAAUCAGCGCAUGUGUUCGGUCACUUGUCAGCCAAUCUAUGUCAUAGAAUCAAAAAGAUAAACGGAAUUAGAGUACCGAUAAGAGUUAGCUGAUUCAGGUACACAUGCAUCACUCCAAUCAAGCCUCCUGGCUGCAUAGACUGGAGUGCACUUUAAAAAUGAAAGUGCUUCUAUUCUGAAAUCUGUCUCUCUCUCUCUCUCUCUCACACACACACACACACGGCUGAAAGGUUGGUAAGUGCUUUUUUUUUUAAUGUAAUUUUCAUCACUGUACUUGAUAUGUACCAAAACCGCUACUGUACAUGCUGUUUGCUUGUUUCGUUGUUCAAACAUAGAACUCAGACUUACCUAAAGAGGUGCAGACUACAGGCAGUGAAACUGUAGAAAGAGAUGUUUGCUAUUUGCAAAUUGCUACAUUCUUUGACCUUUUACAUUUAAGUAAAUGUUACAGGAAGUGCACUGUAUAUUGUAAAUGUUUUUCUAUAGUUUGUGUUUUGUUCCCUAAAGACCCAAUUGACCUACCUCACCUGUAACCUCAGCCUCCUCUGUACCUGCACACACACACACACACGCGUAUCAGUUAAGUAAAAAAACGAUGGUGCUUAUUUCUGAACAAUCUCAGCUUCUGUAAAAUGUAACCCAAAUCAAACGCAUUUAAAUUAACACAUGGGUUCUGCCUUCACACACACACACACACACACACACACACACACACACACACACACACACACACACACACACACACACACACACACACACACACACACACACAGAGGAUAUUUGUAGCUCGCUCUCUGUCCUUCCCACAGUUUAGUUUUUUCCAGUCUACCUCUUCAGUUAAAAUGUACCUCGCUAACUCGCUGGCCUUUCACCGCUGCCUCUCUUCUACCUGUCUGUUUGUAUGUGUCCCGUCUACACCUUUUAAGUUUCUCAUGACCAACCACCUACCGUCAGUUGCCUGCCCUCAUAUCUGUUGUAUAUAGAUGCUCUUUCCUAUCUGAUGACUAAUCUGCCUUCUGCCUCUCCUCCUGCAAAUGUGCCCACGCUCAUCUUUUUUUUUGGACCUACAGCAACUGUCUGUACUCUUGCAAUUCGGGACUGCUUACAAACAUUAACCGUUGUGCUUUUACCUCUGAAUUGAACAUUACAAUGUGAGAUGAUGUGUUAAACACUGUCAUUGAACUCAAGAGGACAUCUCUCCUUUUCAGCUAUUAAAUAUCUCAUUCUUGUUAGUUUACCUGAGUCUGUGAUCAUUAAUAUUAGUCCCGCACAGUGAGGCAUGAGGAAGAAGAGCUUUCUUUGCUUCAUUUCUGAUGUCAUGCAGUCGCUUGAAAAUAUGACAUGUUGUCAAUUAUGGUAAAAAAAAAUAUAUGAUAUUGUGAAUUUUGAAACUUGAGUUGUAUUUGCCAUUUAAUUUAUUUGCAGUUUGGGACUGCAAUGACGUCUUUUACAUGCAGUCUAAUAAACAUUUUAUAGACUUCAGAGCUUUUGUUAUUCUGGUAAUAUUAAACUUGUGUAUUUAUUCUUGCCGACUAAUCCUGCUACCACACCUGGUGAUGGUGUAGUGGUUAAGGCUUCUGAACACCACCUCCUUUACAGGAAAAGUAAGGGCUGCUCCUUCAGUAAAAAAGAACUGGAAUUGUGUCAAAUGUGACUCAUCUUUGUUUUCCUUGAUGUCUUAAUCUGUAAACUUACAUGAAGUAUCUCUUAUGGCUCUUGGAAAUUUCGGUGAAACGGUUACUCAGUCAAGACCAGAUUCCCGAUCGUUCUCGUUUCCGGCGGACGAUGGCGGCUACAUCUUGUUUGAGUGUGGAGACGCUCUGCUCAAGCUGUUCGGAGAAGUCCCUCAGCAGGCGACUCUGCUCGUCCACAAACAGUCUGAGCCCCAGCAGGUCGGACUCCUCCUGGAAACAACAGGAACACACGACUUUAAAACAAGUUAACCAUACAUAUGUUAUCAUACGCGUAAUAUUAGCAGCUCACUCUUAAUUCUACUUGGUACUUUUCCAGAUAGCUACCAAAAAUAUAGAAAUAGAAAAAAUAAAUGACUUGGAAUGAUUCUAAAUAAUAUAAUGCUGAUUUCAAACAUAGAAAACUUCUUAUUGACUCUUGAAAAAAUGACCAUUUUUAAAAUUCCCUGUUUUAUCACAUUUCGAACAUACCAAGCUUAAAGGAAAAUCUUUGAUUUAAGCAACUUAAGAAGAAAAAGUAUUUAAAUCACCACCAGUUACUCUGGGGGCGCUCACUGUAAUCUUACUAAAACCUUUCUUCAAUUUGUGUGCCUGAUUGUGCAUUGUUCUCUGUAGAUCUGUGUUGAUUUACUGCUAUCAAAGGUUUAAAUCAGGUUAUCAAAGGCCUUCUUGUUGUAAUGCUCACUAAUACUAAUGCUGCAGACAGACAUGGAUACGUACACUGGGCCUGUGUCUGCGCAGACGCUGCAGCUGACCCUUGACUGAGGUCAUGCUGUGGUAGAAAACUUUGAGAGCACGAGCAAACUCUGCAUCACAGCUGGGACGCACCGACCGACCGCGCACACUCUCCCCACCUAACACACAGAGGAAGACAUUUUUUUAUUUUAUGAAUGGGAAUAUUUUGCCAUGUAAAAACAUUUAAAUCAUGUCUGUUAAUUACUCUAAA